ACUUUUUGUGUGGCUUUGACCUAGAAGACAGAAUCCUGAUGGUCAUUCUCUUCAUCCCAACAGAGGCUCCCUCCAGCGUCGGGGGCACUCUCUCUCUCUUUAUAUACAUAUGUGUGCAUAUAUGCAUAUAUAUAUAUAUAUAUAUACAUAUAUAUACAGAGAGAAAGGGAGGGAGGAUGUGUACACACACACACACACAUAGCUGGUUGAAGAAAUAAAUUGGACAGCUGCCACCAUGAUGUGUAGCAGCCCUGGCUAGCACAUAAAGAAAAUUAAAUUUAAUAUAUUUUUCCAUCUUAAAAUCUAUAGAAGCUAAAAAUAUAAUGUUUUUUUUAAUAAAAUACUUAGUUGAGAAAUUUUCUCUUUGACUGGAACAGUUAUUAGCCUGAGAAUCCAGGUCAAACCAUAACAAAUAGUAAUAGUAGCAAAUUGCCACUAAUUGCAAUACUGUGUAAGGACCUGGAGGAAUGAAGUGGAAAUUAUAAAUGUAAACACACAUCAACAUCUCCAAAUGGAUACUUUUGUCUUAUUAAUAACAAUCUGCUUGAAAUGACUGUCAUCUGGUGUUCUUGGUGAAAAGGCAAUAACUCAAACAUUAUUUUCUCCUAAUGUAGUUUUUCUUUUAAAAAAUCCCUUAGGAAAAAAAUUUGGGGUCUACGGAGUUUUCAUUUUUUCCUAAUGAGUCCCUUCCCUGAAGACAUGUGAGGCGGAUGUUGAAUUCUAGCCUCUCCUGCUUCAUAUGUGAAAGAGAGAGAGAAAGGAACUUUCCCAGCUUGGAUUGAUUUGGGGCACAGGCAGAAGGACUCCGGAAGAGAGCCCCCACCUCAUGGUGAGCAGCUGUAUGCUACACCUCUGUGGAGGCUGACCUUAGGCCAGUCUUGUCUUUUUUUUUUUUUUUUUUUCCUUUUGGGUGAAGUGAAGGUAGAGGAUAAAAACUGAAGAGCAGGGGGAGAGAUUAAGGAAGUCAACCGACCCAUAUUCCUAAAGGGACUGAUGUUCUCAUUCCCCCAGCACUGCAGCCUGAAUCCCACCAGACUUCACUUGCCAGUUUCACACACCUUAUAAACACCCUCUGGAAAUUCAACUAAAUUGUAUAAAUAGUAUUUUUUUUCCAACUGCAUCAGAUUCUAGGAUGUUAAAAUUAAUUUGGGGAGGGGUGGUGUCCUACAAGCCCAAUAAAUAUAGUCAUAAAAAUGCCACUGAAAAGAUAUCACAUUAAAAAAAGAAAGAAAGAAAAAUAUCACAUUUUACAAAAUGAGAUUGACCCACUCAUUGUUGUAAAGUCAACUAUCUUAAAGGCAUACCUCCCAGGGAAAGGGGAGCAGUCCAAGACACAAGCUUUUCAUGUCCUGUUGGGGAAAGACAGGCCUGGUAGCAUGUAAAAGCAAUUUGGACAAUUUCUGGAGCCACAGAGACAACUAUUCUCAGUUCUGGGAUGACUGCAAGUGGCAGGGCCCAAACAAUCCCAGGAAGAACAGGAAAGAGGGUAUGCCCUAGGAAGCACCCCAAAACUAAGCAUAUCAAUUAUCCCACCAUUGCUUGGGCCCCACCAGGCUGAUUUCUGUGCCUGGCUGGGCCAGGAGUCCUGGGUCAACAGAGUCUCUGGAAUAAGGACAAAUUCUACAUCUGGACCUAUUUCAGAUCUGAGAAGUCCCAGCAGCAAAGUUCAGAGUAUUGGGGGAAGGGAAAUGGUCCAGGACUGGCUUCAGAGAUCUGAGUUCAGUCUCACAGCUCUGCGGAGCCCACACUUAUAUUCCUUUGGGGUUCCCUUUCUUAUUGAAAGCAAUGGGUUUGGUUUCUGGCUUCUUGCUUCCUGGAUUAAGAGAAAGAUAUGGAUCUAGAUGUAGUGUGUGUGUGUGUGUGUGUGUGUGUGUGUGUGUGUGUUAUGAGGGGAAGGGGUGCUUUGAGGUCAGACUUUCGCUCCUCGGACUCCUCAGAUGGGCAGUAGUUGGAAGGAGGGGGGUGGUAGUGUCUUAGCUCUAGGUGAGUCUUCCGUUUGCUUCUCUCUCUCUCUCUCUCUCUCUCUGUGACUAGGCCUAGGUCCCUGGUGGAGUGAGGAAGAGGAGAAGGUGGGAAUGCACCGAUCACUUAGGCUCAGGAACGAGGAGCAGGGCGCGAAGGCCUGUUUUCUCAGAGAUCCCUUUCCUGGCCUGGGAACCGGCACCCACGAGUCAGGGCGCAUAGGGGGAGGGGCAAAGUCGGCCCUGUUGGGAGGGCCGGCCGGCAGGCCAACUCUGUCACCGCCCCUCCUGGCGCGGGGCCCUCAGGUUUCCUAUUUGGAGAGGAAAAACCCAAGAAGCAGAAAAAGGGGUUGAGGGCGGGGGAGAGCGGUCCGGCGGGGCCUGGCAGCGGCCCGGGCACUGAUGCCCCUCUGCAGGCCGACCCGCUCUCCCUGCCCGGGCUGUGCCCGCCGCUGGCGCUGGUGGAGCGAGCCGGGCGGGCUGGCUGUGCGCGCCCAUCAAUCUGCCGGGCGGCGGGCGGCGGGCGGGCUGGGGGCUGUUUGUAACUUUGCUGCCUCGGUCGCCGCGGUCCCCAGGGAGCGGGCUCCGGCGCUCGCUCCCAUUGGCCGCCGCCGCGUCAGCUGGUGCGAUUUGCUGCUGUCGCUUUUGGCGUUCGGCCAUCCAGAAACAAACCAGUUCGAUGACUACUAAUAGUUAUAGCCAGAUGUACUAAUACACAACAAAUCACAGUCCUGCAGAGGGGCGCGCAAAUGAGUUCCUAUUUUGUGAAUCCCACUUUCCCCGGGAGCCUGCCCAGCGGCCAGGACUCCUUCUUGGGCCAGCUGCCCCUCUACCCGGCCGGCUAUGACGCGCUGAGGCCCUUCCCGGCCUCGUACGGGGCGUCGAGCCUCCCGGACAAGACGUACACCUCACCUUGUUUCUACCAGCAGUCCAACUCAGUCCUGGCCUGCAACCGGGCAUCCUACGAUUACGGGGCCUCGUGUUUCUAUUCUGAUAAGGACCUCAGUGGCACCUCGCCCUCGGGCAGUGGCAAACAGAGGGGCCCCGGGGACUACCUGCACUUUUCUCCCGAGCAGCAGUACAAACCCGACAGCAGCAGCGUGCCGGGCAAAGGCCUCCAUGACGAAGGCACCGACCGGAAGUACACGAGUCCUGUUUACCCCUGGAUGCAGCGGAUGAACUCCUGUGCGGGUGCUGUUUACGGGAGUCACGGGCGCCGAGGCCGCCAGACCUACACGCGCUACCAGACCCUGGAGCUGGAGAAGGAAUUCCACUUCAACCGCUACCUGACGCGGCGCCGCCGCAUAGAGAUCGCCAACGCGCUCUGCCUCACCGAGCGCCAGAUCAAGAUCUGGUUCCAGAACCGCCGCAUGAAGUGGAAAAAGGAAAAUAAACUCAUCAACUCCACCCAACCCAGCGGGGAGGACACCGAGGCCAAAGCGGGCGAAUAGAUGCCUGGGCAGGAACCAGGCAGGCACCGCAGUGGUCUCCCUCGGCUUUGCCCCCCUUUGCCUACAUCUGCUCCCCAACUUUUUCUCCUUGCCUGCUCUCAUUUGUGGGCUUCCACAGCUUCAGGGGAGCCCGGAGCUCUGCAAACAUCUGAGCAUUUAUUUCUUACCAAGAAAGGAAAAUAAAAGGAAAAAAGAAAGAAAGGGACCCCCCCCUCCCCCAGUCAAUCCCAACAACAGAUCAGGGCGCAUUGCACACACUGCUCUUCAAGCCUAUCCAAGCCGCCUCCAGAUUCCAGGGCACGCCCCGAAUUUACCCUCGGCCCUUAUGCCAGCACUUCUGAGCGCCCCUGUGUGCCCCUGAGCUCCAGGCACUGGGCUGAUUGAAAAGGGAGAACCCAGGGCCCAGCCCUUUUUGCAGUCUGGGCAUUCCCUCGCCACCUAUUCUCCAAUGACACCACCACCUCAACUGGGGCCAGGGGAAAAAGAAGGCCUAAACUCUGGGCCCCCAACCCAGCGGUGUCCUCCCAGGCCACCCCCAUACAGGAAGAAGCUUAAGGAACAAAGGGCCUCCUGGCCAGAGAGUCCAGUCUUUUGGCCAUGCACGCGACGGGUCCUGUCCAUGGAAGGGGAGCUGUCUCUGCCCAGAGGAGCUAACCUGGGUGAAGGUGGAACUUCACAGCCUCGAGAGCUCCUGCAGGCUCCAGGCUGCGGGGUUCAGCUUUCCACCUCAGGACCUGAGAUGAGGCCCUGGGCUGUGGGAACUGCAAGAAUCUUGGCUUCCAAGCCUUGCCAAGGGCUGCCAGUGAUGCCUACCCGCCAGCGGGGAGGCCCCUCUUGUCUUUCGGCUAUAUUUAUGAUUCACUUUAGUUUUCCAGAAGCCAGGAAAAUAGCUACGGAGAUACUGAAUGCUGCCACACGAAACGCUUCAAUCAGUGUCCUUGCUUUACUUCUGGAAGUUUAAGCAAGUCCCCAAUAACUCAAUCCACCCACCCUCUGUCCUCAAGAAGCUUUUGUGGUUGCAGGGAGGCUGAGUCUACUCGCUAGGUUCAAGGAGAACCCUCCGACUUGGAGCUGGAGAAAAGGCACUGGGUGGCAGAGAUUUCCUCGGCUGGAUACUUAAAGCUAAUCAACUAGCAAACUAAUGGCACGAAAACCAUAUUUACAUGAAAGAAAAAUCAACUCCGGUUAUAAUAAUAUAUGGAAUCUGACCUCGCCUCUCGGAGAAACACCACACAAAAGCUAUCUUUAAUAGACGCCUGUCAUUUAAGAGCGGCAGGGACACUGUCCCUUAUACGCUCGCAAAAACAGAGCCGUAAUUGUAGCUGCUGCUGCGGCGGCCAGGAUUUAUUUCUCCAGUUGGCUAAAUGGCCUUCCUCCUUCCCCGAAGGUGAUAUCUGUAUUUUCAGAUUUCAGAGCUGCCAGCAGGACGGGCUGAACCGACCCCAAUCUCAACACAAAAAAAUAAGAGGGGCUUCACAGCGGGGAAAUAAAGUUGUUGUAAAUAAAAUCCAAGUCACCAUCUUCUCCCCCCACAACCCUUUGCAUCCUCGCUGGGCGCGCGUUCGGCAGCUGACGGCCUCACAAUUGGUACAUCCUAAUGGAACUGCGAGGGAAAUGCAAUAAUUUUGCCAUAAUGGGCUGUAA